GACUGUUUGGCUAUAAUUUAAUGGGUUUGGUAUCUCCGAUUCCUGAGAAUACCAAAAAUACCAAAAUGCACUUAUCGAAACCACUAUCGUCACCUCCAUUGUUUACGCGUCGCCAUACCAACAACAAAAAUUGCAUCUGCCGCAGGUCGUCAGGGAUUGGGAGCAUCUGGAGCUGGUUGGAGAAUGUUUAAGGCAUGAGUGAUACCGAUACGGACGACACCGAUCUGUUGUUGCUGGUACCGCCCAACUACUACACCCAGACCGCCGAGCGUUUGCUGCACGAAGUCAAGAUGAACGCAGCAGCAGCAGCCGAUGCACUUGUCAUGCCACCACCGCCAGUGCCCACGACAGCAGCGUAUCAAUUCCUUCCGCCCAGUAAGAAAUCGGAACUGAAUCAGAUAAACGCACGCCUGCAGAACAUUGGGCUGGAUGGCGACGAUACUGGACAUUUUGAUGUGCCCUCCGAUAUUUCCACAAUCUCCACAAACACUGUAAGGACUACGGCGGGUACCAGGCUGCAGAAAGAGUUCCAUGGCGUGGUGCAUUCCACGCCCAAGGGUGGAUCGGUGGAGCCGCCAAGUCGUCGUCAUGGGGAGGAUAACAUUCUGCUGGAGAUUGACCAUUACCUGGAUGAAAACAAUACGAAUCGCUGGCAGCAACCGCACCACCACCAUCAUCAUCAUCACAGUGAUGAGCACCUGCGAAAUGUCCGUGUCGUGCAUGACGGCCAUCCGGCAGCCACUUCCUUGCCCAGCAUUCGUAUGACAUCAACAUCGGCAUCCAUUGAUGCGGCUAAAUGCCCCCGCGGCAGCCUUAGUGACAGCCACAACAAACUCAUCAGCUUGAGUGAUCUCUGGGGCAAGAGCAGCAUGGCGGGCACAGUCGUCGCCAACAACAUGCCCAAUCCUCUACUGUGCAGCCCCUCGCUGAAGGAGGAGCAGCUGCGUCGUCAGCAUCUGGAGAAAACUGUGCAAACGCUACAAUCCCAGCUGCUGGAGUAUCAGCAGCGCAUCUCAGUGGCCAUGGAGGUGGAUCGCAGCAAAGAUGAAGCCCUAAACGGGGCCCAGCAAGCCGCAUCGGGUCUCAACUUUGAGGUGCAACAACUCCGAGACGUUCUCCACAGGCUGGAGGCGGAAAGGUGUGACUCUCAAGGCAAAUUGGAAGCUCUGCAGCAUGAGCUGGCUCAGGCAGUCGGCUUGGCCACCAAGUUCCAAGAGAAGAACAAGAAGAUGGAGGCAGAUCUGGACAGGCAUCAGCAAGAGGCCAAAGACUGGGAUGAGAAGUUGGAGCAACUGGAAAUGCAACUGCAUGGCAGCAAGCGAGCCGAGGAGCUGUCCCAUGGUGAGCUCAACAAACUGAGGGAUAAAUUCGCCAAAGUCGACUAUCAGCAGGAGAAGCUAAAGGCACAGAUUCAAGAGCUGGAAACGGACAAUACCACGCUGAGGCAUCAGAAGGAAAUGCUACAAGAGUAUCAUCAAAAGCAGAAGUCCCGAGCCGAUUCUUUGGAAACACAACGAAAAUCAAUGCAAGAGACGCUGGCCAAUCUAACAGAAGUCGAGACGAACCUUAAGAAAAAGCUGGAGAUACAACAGAAAUCCCUGAAGCAACACUACCAGCAGCAAAUGGAGAAUGUGGUGGCCAAAAAAAUGCAGGAAUUUCAGAAUCAACUGGACAAAUCCGAGGAGAAUCUAAAGAGUGAGGCACGCGACCGAGAGCGCCUGAUAGCAGAGCGUGCCGUGAAGCAGCUGGAAAUGAUCAACGAGAAGAACAACCAAGAGCUGAAUCUCAUUCAGGAGAAGCACGACGAGGAGGUGGAACUGUAUCGCCUGCAGCUGGCCAAUGCCUCCAAGAAGAUCGAUGAACUGGAUCUCAAGCUCAGUGUCUACAAGAACAAGCGUGCUGACAUUGCGGAGAAGCUGCAUGGUGUUAUGGAGGCCCAGUGGCAGCAGGCCUUAGCCAUUCUCACCUCACCCACACAGAAUGCCCUAAUGCCCGCCAGUGACACGGACAGCGAGUCCCCCGAGCUGAAUAAUGCCCGUCUCUAUCCGGAAACUCCAAGGACAAGCAAAUCCCAGCGCAGCAACAAUACAGAGAAGAACAAUUUGGAUUCGGUGGGGAAGAGGGAUCCACCCUCGCCCAUGGACAAACUGGCGGCAUAUAUUGAGCUGCUGCUUAGCAAGUCGCCCAGUGAUUUUGACAAGCUCGACGAGAUUCUGGCCCUAACCGCCAAAAAGGGCGCCAAACCAAGCAAACGCAAUGGAUGUGGCAGCAACAAGGCACCGCCCUGGAAGUGCUGACACCAGGCGAUGUCUGGCAGGAUCAAAUUUGUAUUUGUAAUUUAUAGUCUGAUCAGCAUUUAUACAUCUCUGUAUAGCCGCAUCGAAGUGAAUCAUAAUUGUAUAUGUUUUGUACUUAAACGUGAAAGUAAAUUGAUUAGUUUUUGGCAAAAUAUUAUAUGUAUAGUUUAUUUGAUAAUAUCAACAAUUUGAAGGCAGCGCAGGCAUCAGUAUGCGGCACAAAGAGAAUGAAAACAAACAAAAAAAG